AAGCAGGGGCUCUAGGAGGAGGACCCGUGUGCUCGCCACCAUGCCGUUCCCCUUCGGCAAGUCCCACAAGUCUCCUGCAGACAUCGUGAAGAACCUCAAGGAAAGCAUGGCAGUUCUCGAAAAGCAAGAUAUCUCCGACAAAAAGGCAGAAAAGGCCACUGAAGAGGUUUCCAAAAAUCUUGUUGCCAUGAAAGAAAUCCUCUAUGGCACAAAUGAAAAAGAGCCACAGACAGAAGCUGUGGCACAGCUCGCUCAAGAGCUGUACAACAGUGGUCUUCUAAGUACCCUUGUGGCUGACUUGCAGCUAAUUGACUUUGAGGGCAAAAAAGAUGUUGCUCAAAUUUUCAACAACAUCCUGCGAAGGCAAAUUGGUACAAGGACUCCUACAGUUGAAUAUAUCUGCACUCAACAAAAUAUAUUGUUCAUGCUAUUAAAAGGGUACGAAUCUCCAGAAAUUGCUCUAAAUUGUGGAAUAAUGCUCCGAGAAUGCAUCAGACAUGAACCAUUGGCUAAAAUCAUCUUGUGGUCAGAACAAUUCUAUGAUUUCUUCAGAUACGUGGAAAUGUCGACAUUUGACAUUGCUUCAGAUGCAUUUGCCACGUUCAAGGACUUGCUUACAAGACACAAGUUGCUAAGUGCAGAAUUUUUGGAACAGCAUUACGAUAGGUUCUUCAGUGAGUACGAGAAGCUCCUUCAUUCAGAAAAUUAUGUGACAAAAAGACAGUCGCUUAAGCUUCUUGGUGAAUUGUUACUGGAUAGGCACAACUUCACAAUUAUGACAAAAUACAUCAGUAAACCUGAAAAUCUCAAGCUAAUGAUGAACCUUCUACGAGACAAGAGUCGUAACAUUCAGUUUGAGGCCUUUCAUGUGUUUAAGGUGUUUGUAGCCAAUCCUAACAAGACGCAGCCUAUAUUAGACAUCCUCCUAAAGAACCAGACCAAACUUAUUGAGUUCCUCAGCAAGUUUCAGAAUGACAGGACCGAGGAUGAACAGUUUAAUGACGAGAAGACCUAUUUAGUUAAACAGAUCAGGGAUUUGAAGAGACCAGCACAGCAAGAAGCUUAAUCUCCAAUAAACCCCUAAAAUAUUAAACCCCAAAUCAGCAUUUGCUGUUAGAUAUUCAGCAUCAGGCACUCUUAUCGAUUCAUGAGGAACAUUACUGCUAAUCUGCUGUUCAGUGAACGGUUUUUGUUUUUCUCUUUUCUUUUUUAGUCCAAGUUGAAAAACAUAGCUGCUGCUUUCUUGCACAAUGUGGACUUUAUUGAUAUUUGUGUCAUUUCAGAAUUCAAAGACACUGCUUGUUUUAGGAGUCCUGAAAAGAAAGAUUCUAGGUUCAUGACAGCAAACAUAUAGAUACUAGUUUGGUUUAGGAAAGAAGGUAUUAAUGUAGUUAAGCAACAGGUUGCAUGCUUGCAAAUCUGAAUAAACCUGUACGUUUGCACUUACCUUGUUUGAGAUAUGAGCACAACGUGACCUGUGCAUACCUGGCACCAUACUAUAAGAUUAUAUGCCUUGAUUUAAAAAAAAAAAAAAAAUAAAAAUGUGCAGUGCUUUAUUUGUAAUCAAAGGGGAAAUGUAUCUAAGAUAUGAGCUUAUUGGGAUAAACAGUUGUCUUGCAAAUAAACCGAUACUGAACCAUAGCAAGAGUGAAAUCUCAAAGUUCAUAAGGAAAAUGUAUAUAUGCCUUUCACUGCUUUAGAGAUUUUUUUUUGGACAUGAUUUGAUUUUUUUUUUUCUGAGAAUUGACUUGUAAACUUGGAAAUAUGUUUUAAGGGUUUUUGUUAAUUUUACUUUAAAGGUAUUUCAGACAGUAGAGCUAGCAGUGACAUUUUGCAUUUCAUUUCAACAAUGCUUGCUGGUUUCUUUUGUAUAUAACUCCUAGGCUGCUCAUUUCUUUAAAGUAUGAUUUAAUUUGUACAGCAGAGGAAUGUUAUUGUAUUAGUCUGUAACUAUUACCUAAUAUUGAGUUUUGCAAAAUGAAUGCUCAUAUGUAAUUGAAUACUUCAGAUCACAUGAAAAUGCUGAUUUAACGAUCCUCAGUACUGCAGCAUUAAAAGAAAAAAAAAAAGCCACAAUUUCUUUGUAUUCACUUAUCUAAUGGGGUGCCAUCAAUUAGAGUAGGCUGAAGUAGAGAACUGGAACCCUUUAAAUUAUAUUCUUGCCUAAUAUAGGCCUUWUCCAAUUAAACUAGUGUGCUCACCAGUUCUGCAAAGGGCAAAGAUGAUACUGAAUUCAUAUGGAUUUCUUUUGCUUCUGGGGAGCCUGCAGUGCGCCCUUUUCUCUUACAGUAAAGUCAGUACCAUAGUUGUGAAAGUGAAUACUUCAAUCCCUCUGCCUUCAAGAAACGUAAUUUUUAGAUAUCCUGGUGGUAACCAAAUGAUUUUGGUUUUGCUGAUUUUUUGUUCUUUAAUGCUGCAAGCUAUCAGUAUUUAUGAAAACACCAACAAAACUGAUUUUGCACCGUGUUUUUGUUACUGUGACCAUACGAAAAGGAUUUACUAAAUAUAGCUAAACAAUGUUAUUAAAACUGUAUCUAGCCAUCAUAUAGUAAUGCUGAGAUCCAAACCAACCCAACGUAUGGAUUGGAGUCUGAAAGUUCAAAUUCUGCAUGGCUGAACCUGAUUGAGACUGCUAUAGAAAACGUUUGUUGCUUCCUGUCCUCCUCCUGAUUAAAAUAUUUUGCAAUCAGCAAGGUGAAACUCGUUAGUGACAUUUAAGCUGGUUUUAAAGCCUUCAGAAGGGAAGUCAGAUAGCUCCAGAAAACCGCGUGUUUUCACCCUGUAAUUGAAAAUCACUCUUAAUACUAUAAUUGGCUUCUUAAAGGUUCUUAAUGCCUACUUUGCAUACAGAUUCAUUUUACCUACUGGAAAUAAAAUAGCUUAAUCUAACUGAAGAUCACUUAUACAGGCAGGCAGAAUUGGCCAAGAUAGGGUAUUCUAGUUCAGUACUAACAGUCUCUUAUAUUUUGGUUUAUCAUAGCUGAGCGGAGGAAAACUUUAUUUGCCAAGUUACUCACCAUACCAUGUAAGGCUUCCUCUUUAGAAAACUAUAGACGUGCUAAAGAUUUAUAUAUGUGAAGUGAAAACAGUUGGAGCGGGAUGUAGG